CGAGCACCUGUGAAGAAUCAAUACGGAGUUCAAAUGGACAUACUAUUGGAUGAUGAUGCCAGCUCUGUUCCACAAGCACUUACGGUUACAAGAACAAAAGCAAAGAAUGUUCGCCAAUUGUCUCCUUUGCAAGAACUGGAAGAUAAAUCUUUAAUUGUAGAUCACUAUGGUGUGGUCCUGACAAACCAAGCACAGCCAGCAAAUGGAGAUUCUGCAUCAGUAUCUCUUCAGCUCUCCAACUCUGCUGCUUCACACUCAGCCGAUGGGACAAUUGUACCUAGAAAUCAGCCCCUUUGGAGUAACAAUGAAACUGGCUAUAGUAGCUUUUUGGAAAUGUAUGAGUCUGCAGAUGAGCAUUGUUCUUGGAAUAAUGUCACAAUAGCAGAUUUGUAUCCAGGAAUGGUGAAGGCACUUAGCAUACUGUUGCAUAAAGUGUCCCGCAAAGCCGCUUCCAGUUCAUUAAUGAAACGGUACAGAUAUGGGUAUUGGCACUCUAAGAAAACAACACUUAAUACCAGUACAGAAAGAAUAAGGAAGUCCAGGCCAUUAAAAUUGAAGUCUAGCUUGAGAGUUACAAAAGGUGAUGGACAAAGGCAUAAAUUGCCCAUAGCAAAUAAUGAAAGUAAUCAUUCUUUUGAUGACAACAAACAUCAAAUGAAAUGUUCAGUGAACAACAUAUCUUCCAUAUGCUAUAAUGCAGAUAUUAUGGAUAUAGACUCUUCUGGCAUCGUAGAAGAUCAUUCAUAUGCUGAGAAAGUUGGACAAAAUGGCAUGGAGACUACCAUUUAUCCCAGUGAUCUUCCUAAAGACAAAACUUUUCUGGUCAGAAGUCCAUCUUUUAUCCCUUCAGAUUGUGUAAGAAAAGGUAAAAGCUUUGAAGAGUACUCUCCUAUUAUUUGUCCUGUGGAUUUAAGAACAACAUUUAAUCUAAUAGAAGACAAAACUCGGGAAACAAGUAAUAUGACAUUCAAGGUUACAUCAUGUUUAAGCUCAUCCUUGAGUAGUAGUGCAAAUUCUUAUUUGCAAACUAGCAAAUUUUCUCCAGUAAAAUCUUCAGAUAGAUUACUGGGAAAUCAUGAAAUCAAAAUGUUCAAUAGAGCCAUUUUGCUACCGCGGAGUCAUUCAUUUUCAUCAUUUCCUGUUAAUAGGAGUCCCAUCAAAGUUCAGCAGAAAUGUGAAGAUGCAUUUGAAAAAAUGUAUAAGGAACUGUGUUCUCCAAAGUUGCAGAAACCUUUUAAGUUUUCAAAUAUAUGCACGAGCCCUAAGAAGUCUGCAGAAUUGCAUACAUCUGGUUUUAAUGGUCUUUCUUCAAAAUUUGAUCAGGCACCUAAUGAUAAAUUUGAACGUAUAUACCAGAAAUUGUGUUCUGAAGGGUUUCCAAAAAUCCCUACAGUAAUGAGAGCAGCAAACUUAAAAAAAUAUGAAGGAAUACAAAUGUCUGAAACUGUAAAUGCCCUAGUUAAUUCUCCUGUAAGAACUCUACCUACAGUUGCCAGAAUUAAAAGAACAGCAAACUUCUGCAAUGAAGACUUUCAAUCUUCACCCAUAAAAAGAUUAAAAAAUAUAUCUGAGGACUCUUCUUAUAGAAUAUGUCGGGAACUACCUUACUGGAAAAACAUAAAUGUCCAGAAAAGUGAUAUGACUUUCACACUGUAUAAUCGUAACACAAACAAUUGGACCUCAAAUGUGGAUUCUGGAUUUUGUGUUUCUUCAGAUCAUCACUUUCUGUCUGCUCCAUGCACUGAUAUGAAAGAAUCUAGAAUUGCAGAUGCGGAUAAAAACAUUCCCAAGUGUUUGCUGAAUUGUGACUUUCUUAAAAAAACACCAAACUGUACAGUUGGUGUUUCCAGGAAGCUCAGCUAUAAUGAUAGGAGAGUCAGAAAUAAAAAUGCUUAUGUGGAAGAAUUCAUACGUAAAGAUUACAAUGGAUCAUUUCUGGAAGGAUAUGGAGAGGAAAUGUAUGAUUUUCAAGGAAAAAGAUAUUUGGUUAGGUCCAGAAGGGAAAUGGAUCCAGUAGACCUUCCAGGAAUGAAAUUGGGGAAGGGCAAUUCUCACUAAAUCCCUUAUCCUUUAAUCCACCAUCUCGACUUCCAAUGCAAAGGAGCAAACUUUAGGAAAGUGCAGGAGGCUGCAGAGGAUUAGGGAGCUGAGCAUCUUGUUCCAUGAGCAGAACUCUGCUCAUGUGCCGUUGAAUUCAACCCAUUAUUAUGCUAUUUGAGAACUGCAUAUCCUUCAGGGAGUUGAGUAGGGACCAUGUCUCUAAUAAAACCCAUUUGUCUUAUUUGGAGAGAGCAUUGUUUCUUCUUGAAAGCUCUUCAAGUUUAAGUGUCUCUUAUAGGGAACAAAUCUUUUUUGGUAAUUGAGUUUGUAUGUGUGUGUACAUAACUUCAGGCCUUUAUAUUCUGUUUGGCUAAUCAAGAUCUACUCUCAAUGCAUAAUGUUUUUACAGGAUGUUUUAAUGUGUUUAAUUAA